AUUUCUCAACGCGUUAGCCCUAUGUUUUUCUCUAGGAUCCUUAUGAAAUCCUAUGGGAUUCGAUAGAAAUCCGACGGGAUCUGAACGGUUCCGAUCAUAUCCUAUGGUGGGAUGGAUCGACCGGGGAAGCGAAUCAAAAAUCUUAUUCCUAUUUAGAUCAAAUGUCCUAUGAAUCAAUAUUUAAUGGUGAGUUCGAUUUUGAAAGUUAA